AUGCCCCUCUAUCUACUUGGUACAGUAGGGAUAAUGAAUCUCUUACGUGUUUUUAGUGAUGAUUUCCCCCUCAGUUUGUGCAGCAGCAAUAUAAGAGAAACGAUGUUCAAGGUCACAGCACCCCUCUUUUUGGCACUGACAACAAGUAAUGCAAUCGCUUUGUCUCGUGGAACCUCGGUAUCGGUGUCGUCCGAAGGCGGUAAAUGCAACGAAAUAUGGUAUUCCAAUGGAAAGGAGAUGUGCGGAUCCCCCCUUGCACCUCAGAGCAGUACAGUCCAGCGGGCGCUUCCACCAGCACCUGCUCCAGCGAAGAAGCCAGAAAGCAGCCUGAGAAGCGGCGACGAGGUCGCUACCCAACAUGAAGAGAGAGGAGGCCUAGACUUGCGUUCAAUCGCUUCUCGUCAGCCAUCAUUUGACGCUUUGAGUGCCACUAUAAAUGGUGAAAGACAAGUUGGUAGAGCAAGUGGUACCGCAAUUCGCGGAGGGAACGAAGGAUCAGCUGAGCCGUCCUCAGAUGAAGGGCAACAAAGGACUACUGAGUUAUGGAGCGGACAAGCGGAAGGGCAAGUAAAACAAAUGGCCGAGGGUGAACAAAGAAACCCCGGGAGCGGGGAUGAAGGCCAGAACCAAGGAGGGGAUGUAGCACCACUGCAAGUAGCAAAGGAAGGAGAGAGCAACAUGAAGUGGCCGCCAGCACAGAGGGUGAUUUUGGGCACUGUGAAAGAAAAUGCACAAAAAGAGACACGAAAGGAUCUGGAUGACCUGGAGCAAGAAGCAAACAGUACACAAGUGGGGAGAACCACAGCGCACAAAAGGCACGUGAUGUUAAUCACCGCAACAUUAAGCUUCAUAUGCGUUCAACGCUUGUUGGUCUAG